AUGGAAGCGGACAAGUCGCCCAAUCGUGAAGCCUCCCAGGAGAGCUUCAUGCCCCUACUUCAGCUCGACCCUGAACCCAUCGACUCUCCCCCGAUCCUCAUCGACGGCGACAUCCCGGUAGAGCUCAGCGGUGGGAACCAACGAUAUGGGUUCGCAGACGACGACAUGGACGGCAGCGCAGUCUCAAUAAAGGCUCCCUCCACCGGGGCUCCUGGUUUGAGUGCGAGCGCAAGUCUCGCGUCCGCAAAUACCACAGCCACCGGCCCUGGUCCGAUCUUCUACUUGAUGCGAAUCCAAAAGUUCUCAAGCUACGCCAUGGGCUUCUUCACCUCUCUCCACCUCGCCAACGUCUCCCUCAUCCCCGCCAUCACACGCUCCGUCGCGGGUUCCGAGAAUUACCUCCUCAUGACCCGAGAGGUAUACCAGACGUCACUCACCGAGCCCAUCCUAGUCGCCCUCCCCGUGAUAGCGCACGUUGGCUCGGGAAUCACCCUGCGCCUACUGAGAAGGUCACAGAACUUGAGGAGAUACGGGGGAGCCAUGCCAGGAACAGCUUCGCCGUGGCCGUCAUUCAGCUACAUCUCGAUAUCCGGCUACGCCUUCACCGUUUUUUACGCCGCUCAUGUCUUCGCCAAUCGUGUCCUACCACUGCAAGUUGAGGGGGAUAGCUCCAACAUUGGCCUUGCCUACGUCGCGCACUGUUUCGGCCGACAUCCUGUUAUUUCUCAGAUCGCCUAUAUUGGACUCCUAGCCGUGGGGUGCGGACAUAUGAUCUGGGGUCAAGCGAAGUGGCUUGGGAUUGCGCCUUCCACCAAGGAGGUACAGCGAACCGGGACUGUCGUGGUGGAAAAGAGAAAGAAGUACCGCAGGAGAAGUUGGGCCGGGCUUCACGGCGUUGCUGCCGGAUUUGCGGCGCUGUGGGCAGUCGGAGGCUUGGCCGUUGUCGCAAGAGGAGGGCUCACAGAUGGGUGGGUUGCUGCCACGCAGCCUUGGACUUGCGCAGUUUGGAAGGUCACCCACAAGAUGGGCUCUAAGCGGAAGAUCUCGGUCUCCCAAGCAGACGACCACAUCCACCAUGACCACCUCCAUCCAAAACGGCCUCGAGUCUCCCCGCCGAUGCCGGUGACGGCCCGCCCUCCCUCCCGCGACAUCCUCUCCACCCUCUCCGACGAGCUCCUCGUGCGAAUACUGUCAUUUCUGAGCGACACGACUCUCCUCGACCUCGCGCCAGUGUCGCGCCGCCUUCGUCGCCUCGCCGCCGACUCCCAACUUUGGCGCGCGCACUAUUAUACUCGCUUCGUCCUCCCGCGGGCACUGCGCAUCCCAGGUUUCCGCGUCGGGGCCGGUGCCGGCACCGUGUCGCCUUCUAGUCGCGGACCGAAGCUUCAGUACUCAGCGCGCAGGGCCGUAUGGGCGGAUGGUGGUUGGGGACGGAGAGGAGGAUUGGUGGACGUGCAGGACGAGACCAAGACAGAGCAUGGUGGGAGCAUCGACUGGAAAAGGCAGUACAAACUGCGUCAUAACUGGGCGCGCGGAAAGUGCGCCGUAGAAGAGGUCAGCGUGCGAGAUGCCUCGGAGGACGUGGCGGGGCAGAACAAGACGCUCGUCAAAGUGGUCGAGGGCAUCGCCGUGACGGGGGAUGCGGCGUCGGGGCUGCGAGCGUGGGAUCUACGAACUCGACGGCUGAUCGCACAGGUGGACUUACGACAAGAUGACUCGGACGAUGGAAAUACGCCCAUUUCUCUAGCAGUGGACGAACAGGGACAGAUAGGUGGCCUGGUCGAUAUCGUGGUUGGUUUCGCCGACGGAGGAUUCGGGAUAUGGAGGCUCGACGCGAAGCAGGGGCAGUUGACGAGGAGAUACCGGCACGAGAAGAGUUGUAAUGGGGAGCUUGUCGCUGUGGCAUACGGCCACCCUCAUGUGCUGACGGCCACCAGCGCGGGCCUCAUCUCGCUAUAUACCUUUAACCGACAGUCCGCGCGACUUUCUAGCGAUGAGGUUGAGGAUGCCGAGGGGCAACGCCCGGAGAGUGUUCACGACACGACUGGAAAGGCGAAGCUUCCAGAGAUGGAUGGGAGACGGCUCGACCUUCCACCUCCCUACCUACUCACCUCGCUGACCUCGCACACUACACAUCAGCCCAUCGCGCUCUCGAUCCGCCGGAUGGCCGCCUCUGUGAGCGCCUCUAUCGCCUACACCUUUCUCACCCCCAAUGGCUGGUGUAUCGGUGUCCAAGACAUCCACAUCAAGCCCUCGCCGUCAGGCACCGACAGCCUCUCCUCCCGCCUCGCCUACACCCUCCCCAUCGAGACUGGGGUCAACAGCGGCAGCACGACUCCUCCCCCGCAUUCCCUCAGCCCGCCGCCUCGCAGUUCACGUCCACGUCCGCCACCGCCCGAUGACUCACAGCCUGGCCUCACGACUCUCUGCUACAGUCACCCAUACCUGCUCGCCACGCUGCCAGACAACACGCUGGUGCUGCACUUGUGCACAUCAACAGCCACCUCACUGAGCCUGUCUCCUGGGAUACGCCUAUGGGGCCACACGUCAGGCAUAUCGGACGCGGAGAUCACACCCCGGGGCAAGGCUGUGAGCAUUAGCACGCGCGGGGAUGAGAUCCGCGUGUGGGAGCUGGAAGGCCGCGUGGGAGGCAGCAGCAUUGAAGUCCGGCCUAGGCAGCCGGCUGAUGACGCGGACGACAUGGUCGACGGCGGCGACGGCGCAAGUGGCACUGGCAGAAGCAAUGAGCAAGACACCAAGGCGCAAACGCUGGGGCUGGACCUUGCCGAGUGGGAGGACCGUAGGAACUGGGUUGGUUUCGAUGACGAGAUGGUCAUUGUGCUCAAAGAGGCGCGCGAUGGCCGUGAGAGCCUGAUGGUCUACGACUUUACAUGA